CAAAUCGUACGUUGUACUAGAUCAUAGCCUCAUAGGACCUAGGCUGAAGGCUGAAGCCUGGAGCUCAGAAGCUGCCAUGUUCUAAAAGCAAACGCAGAAUUCAUGUUCAAACUAGCAAAAGCUGAAACACCCAUAGCUCCACAAGAAAAAACAAAAUGCAGAGGCUCUUAUCUCUCAAACAUGCCUCAUCAAAUUCCUCUAAAAAACUCAUCAUCAGUACAAAUUCUUCACUUCCACUUUCUCAUCCUUGUUACAAUGCAUUCACUUCUCUUGCCAAAUCAACCCACCAUGGCCACCGGCAACAAAGUUACAUAUUUGGCUUGUCUCUAUUUAAUCCAAAUCACCUUUUCCAUUCAUGUCAUUCCCAACACACUCUUUCUCGGAAAGUUCAUGGCUUUCUGUCAAACCCAUGGCUUCCAAAGCAGUUUAUGUCUAAUGUAUCAAAUACCCAUUUCAAGUUCUUAAGCAAAGGGCGAGCUGGAUACAAAUUUGGGAUCUCCAGAGCUGGGUUUUCUAGAGGAUAUUCUGGGUUAAAACAUGGUUUUGGUUCAGGUGGACGGAGCUGGAGAUCAUGGUUCAACAGGGUACCAGCUGAUAAUAUGGUUUUAGGCUUGAUAUUUAUAAAUGUCGCUGUCUUUACGCUAUGGCAGAUCGCUGAUAAAAAAUUUAUGGCGGAUAACUUUAUGAUUUCAAUGGACAAUUUCAGAAGUGGACGUCUUCACACGCUAAUUACUUCUUCAUUCAGUCAUGUUGAUGCUGGGCAUUACAUAUCCAACACGUGUGUGCUUUACUUCUUCGGGAGGAAAAUUGGAAGAACUCUCGGACCUAAGCACUUGUUAAAGUUGUAUCUAGCUGGGGCACUUGGCGGUUCACUCUUCUACUUGUUACACCAUGCCUUUAUGGCCUUAUCAACAAAGGGACAAGGAAUGUCGGAGAAGGACACCUCGGGAACUCCAGGAUUGGGAAGUAGUGGGGCCGUCAAUGCUAUAUUGAUGCUAGAAAUACUCUUGAAUCCAGGAUCCACUAUUUACUUGCAAUUUAUUAUACCAGUUCGUGCCGCCUUAGUGGGACUCUUUAUUAUUGGGACGGAUUUAUUCAGGGUAUGGCAGGGAAAUAGCAAAGUUUCAGGUUCAACACACUUGGGGGGUCUUGCAGUUGCAGCUAUAGCAUAUGGUCGAAUUAAGAAGGGUCGUCUUUGAAUUCUUGAUUAGAUAUAUUAUACUGGCUUGCAUUCAGUUACUGAAAGCUUUUUGAAGCGUUAACAAAUGCACUGGUAAAUGUAAGGAUUUGCUGGUGGAGUGGAGGAUAUGGCUAUGUCAUCUACCAUUGUUGCAGUUUCUAGCAACCCCAUCAGCAGGAUUAUAUUAUCUUUUGUGCAAAGAUUCUUCAAACUAAACAUUUGCUUGUAGUAUCUAGUUCGACUGAAUUUAGUAGUUAAAAAUAUAUUACUCACAUUUAAAUU